CUUCCAAAACUUAAGGUGAAAAUUGCGCAUCGCCAUGUUUUCCGAAGCAUAUGACACCGAUGAGCUGGACACCAUCGCCGAUGUCAUGGGACUCCGCUCACAGGCUCGACUAAACACAUUUCGCGAAAUGUGGUACCACUUAUUUCUGUGGGCCCUCUUCUCAUCCAUUUUUAUCCACACCUGUGCCGCCCUCGUGGCGUUUGUCACGCUUCGAAAGCAUAAAUUCGGUCGAUUCUUCUCCAUACUAAUUCUGGUCAUGGGAUUCUUGUCCCCGGCUUCUAGUGGGAUCAUUAGCAGUGCGGUAAUUGCAUUUGUGCAUCGCGCUUCCAGCCUGCCCAUGUCGCCUAUUUAUGCAAUGGUCUGGGGUCUUGGACAGACUAUAGUCUCGGCGUGCCUGGGCUUCACCCGAAUCUUGGCCACGCUCUAGAUUAUGGUCUGAAAUUUCAUUAUAGAACGUUCGU